CUAAAACCCUAACUCUGUAGCUGUUUGCUUCAUGAGAAAACUGACGAAAAUGAAAAUCCGCUAAUCCUCUUCUUUCGUGGUUUUUUGGCAGUCAAACAGAGCUUAAUUGUUCACUUGAUUAUGAUAAUUCGACAAUUUUUACCAUAGAAUACAUUUGCGCAAUGUUAAAAAUUGAUUAAUUGGUAGUAUAAGGUUUAAAUACUAUUGUUUUGAUUAGUUAAUAUGUUUCCUGUGUGUUUAUACUCUGUUUGGUUGCUGAGAGAAGAUAGAGAGAAAUUGAAAAUUUUGAAUUUCAAUACGACGGAUUGGUCGUGGUGAAUUUUUCAUUAAUUGGAAACCAGAAUAGCAUAAAAUAGUAGUUUGGAAGUUCCUUUUUUUCUUUUUCUUUUUCGUUUGUUUUGCUCAGUUUUCUCAGCUGCCAAGCAUAGAAUUUAUUUAAUGUGUUGUUAAUUUGUUGCUGAUAAUUUUAUUUUAUUUCAUUUUGUUGUUUAUGUAAUGCAGGUUGCCUGGGUUCAAGUUUGUGUACUGUAAAACGUUGUUUUUGCAAUUAUAACUUUAACAACAGUUUUUAUAUUUACACAAUUGCUUUGUUUGUUCUUUUAUAUAUUAAAUUAAUACAUUUCUGAGUAGCCAUUUUAGUUCCAAAUGGCAAUCGAUGGGAGCUUUAGUCUUGAAUCACAGCUUGAGAGGUUUCUUGCUCGCUGUCCCAAGCUUGCAUGUAUUCCCCAGUUUGAUUCCCUCCUGAAAAAGAGAGAAAUGAUGACAGAAGAAAGGGUAGUGAAUUUGCUAGCGGAGCUGUUUAUACACCCAAAAUAUACAAUACCAAUGAUGGGAUGUUUUCGUCCCAUAUGUCGGAAGAUUGUGGACAAAGCAGUGGCAUUGCUUCGUCUGGUACCCAAUUUAAGGUACAACUCUAAUGGUACAUUGACAGAAGUUGAAGAAGACAAACUUCUAGGAGAAGCUGGAAAUUUUGAGGAUGCCGGAGAUGCAAGUGUUAUUGAGUUUUUUGCUAGAAAUGGUUGGGGUUUGAAUCUUCAUGAGCUUGCCUGUCUGGCUUUUUGUCGAGCCCUUGAUUUGGCACCUUUUUUAUUGGGGUCUACCUUAAGUUAUUUCAGAUUUGCUCCACCUCCGUUUGAACGGAUGUUGAUUAAAGGAUCAAUUUCUGAGUUGCCAGCUAAGGCUGGAAAGCAUUUAUUAAAUUCUGUCCAGACAGCUUAUCGCUUUCUCUUGAUGGAGCCUGAUGUUUUCUCAAGACUUUGGGAUUGGUCUUGUUUCUUGGAUCUUGUACAGAAGUUGGCAAAUCUUGACAUGGUUGAUGAUGAUAAAUCUGUAAAGAACAUUUCAGACAUAAGAUGGUGUGGGUUACAGAUAUUGUUUGUCAUUUUGAAAAUGAAUGAUACGGCAAUCGCCAAUUUUGGUAUUGGGGCUGAAGAAGCUCUAGGAUGUUUAUUACGCUGGGAGGAGUUAUGUGAGGAUGUAGCUCUGGAGAAGGCUGGAUGGUAUUUUGAAUCAUCUAAACAGCAGAAAUCAGAUUCUAUCAACCCAGAUAUUGAUUUUGAUCAAGAAAACUGUCUGCGCUUUUUCGGCCUUAAUAAUCUGGCUGUUUCAUCAUCACAGUUCCCUGAAGCUCAACCAUCAACAAGGAUCCGGAGACUUGUAACUUGGAAUGCAGAUUCUUGCGGCAAUCCUCUUGUCUUGACAUUGUCUUUGAAGAAAAGUUAUGAGAUGGUCCUUUUAGCGGUGAGCCAAAAGUGGCCUGUGCUUCUGUAUGGUCCUGCUGGUGUUGGGAAAACCGCUCUUAUUAGCAAGUUGGCCAGAGAUAGUGGGAACCAAGUUUUAUCCAUUCACAUGGAUGACCAAAUUGAUGGCAAAACAUUGAUUGGGAGUUAUGUCUGUAUGGAGCGGCCUGGUGAAUUUAGAUGGCAACCUGGUUCUCUUACCCAGGCUGUUAUGAAUGGGUUUUGGGUUGUCUUUGAGGGUAUUGACAAAGCACCAUCAGAUGUACAAUCCAUCUUAUUACCUUUACUGGAAGGUGCAAGUUCAUUUUUAACCAGUCAUGGGGAGGCAAUUAGAGUGGCAGAAAGCUUUCGGCUGUUUUCCACGAUAUCAAGUUCUAAUGUUGAUAUAUCUUGCAAGAGAGAAGGUGGGAACUCACUUGGUGUUCUUUGGAGGAGAGUAAUGAUUGGGCACCCAAGUAAUGAGGACCUGCAAAGUAUAGUGAAAGCAUGGUAUCCAGAAUUGGAGCCUGUUGCUGGAAAACUCAUAGAAACCUUUGAGAGGGUUAACUAUGUCCCUCUGUACCAACUUGGGGGAUUUCAGUCCGGAAAUCAUCCAUCCUUCAGUUCUCUCAGCAGGUUCUCGUUGAGGGAUCUCCUUAAAUGGUGUAAGAGAAUAGCAGCUUUAGGUUUUCACUUCCUUGGGGAUGGUUUGUCAGCUGAUGCCUGUAAAUGCAUUUUUCUGGAGGCUGUAGAUAUUUUUGCUGUGUUCUCUGCUUCAGCUGAAAACCGGCUAACUAUAAUGAGAGAACUUGCUAAGAUGUGGGCUGUAUCAGACUCAGUUGCAGAGGCCUUUUACCCUCCCAAUAAACCCGUAAUUCAGGAUUUGGGAACAGAUUUAACAAUUGGACGAGUAACACUCCAUCGUCAUCAAAGAGUAUUACGUCACCAAAAGAAACUCUUUGUUGAGAUUCGUAGUUCUCUGCAUUUACUUGAGAGAAUAGCUUGCUCUGUUAAGUGCAAUGAGCCUGUUCUGUUGGUUGGUGAAACAGGUACCGGGAAGACCACACUUGUACAGAAUUUGGCCAUGAGGCUUGGUCAGAAACUUACUGUUUUGAAUUUGAGUCAGCAAAGUGAUGUGGCAGAUUUGUUAGGGGGGUUUAAGCCUAUGGAUGCGCAGUUUGUUUGCAUCCCUCUUUAUAAGGACUUUGAAAAUCUGUUCUCUAAAACAUUUUCUGUGAAGGAUAACGGGGAGUUUCUUGCCCGUUUACAGCAUCAUCUAAGUGAUAAGAAUUGGAAAAUGUUAAUGACUGGAUUUAAAAAAGGUGUUGACUUUUUUCGGAAGUCAGCUGAGAUAGGAAAGUCUGGUUCUGGUAAAAAGCGGAAGAAAUCUUUGGAUGAAACAGUACUCAAAGCAUGGGAGGAUUUUUCUGUGAAACUUGAUACAUCUCGUGGGCAAAUUGGUGCCUCAUCUGGAAUGCUAUUUCAAUUUGUGGAAGGGGCUUUUGUGACUGCACUUCGAAAUGGUGACUGGAUUUUGCUUGAUGAGGUAAAUUUGGCUCCCCCAGAGACAUUGCAAAGAGUUAUUGGUGUUCUUGAAGAUGUGAAUGGGUCACUUUGUUUAGCUGAAAGAGGGGAUGCUAGUUAUAUACCUAGGCAUCCUAAUUUUCGCUUAUUUGCUUGUAUGAAUCCUGCAACUGAUGCUGGGAAGAGGGACUUGCCAUACUCUUUAAGAAGUAGAUUUACAGAAUACUUUGUUGAUGAUGUGUUGGAUGAUAAAGAUUUGACUCUAUUUAUUACUCAAUCUUUAGAUGACAGCUGUUUGAGUGGAGACUUGGUGGAUAAAAUAGUGUCUUUCUAUAAAGCAGCCAAGAAAGAGUCUGAAGAGAGGCUGCAGGAUGGGGCUAAUCAGAAGCCCCAGUACAGUUUAAGGUCCCUUUAUCGUGCAAUUGAAUAUACUAACAAAGCAAAAAGAAAAUUUGGAUUUCAGAAAGCAAUUUAUGAUGGAUUUUCUAUGUUCUUUCUCACUUUGUUAGAUGUGCCGAGUGCCAAGUUAAUGAACCAAAUGAUUUUGUCAAAAGUAUUAGGAGGAAAGAUACCUCCACAAGUACCUUUUGAUGAAUACUUGAUGGUUAGGGGAAGCACAAUUUCUGGUGAUUUCUUGGAGAACUAUAUUCUAACUAAAAGUGUGAGGGAGCAUCUCAGGAACCUGGCUCGUGCUGUUUUGAUCAAACGAUAUCCUGUUCUCUUACAGGGUCCCACCUCCAGUGGAAAGACGAGUCUUGUGCAGUAUCUUGCUGCAAUAACUGGCCAUGAAUUUGUACGGAUCAAUAAUCAUGAACACACGGACCUUCAAGAAUACUUGGGUUCCUAUGUGACUGAUGCUAGUGGGAAGCUGGUCUUUCAUGAAGGUGUAUUGGUUAAGGCCGUCCGGAAUGGAUAUUGGAUAGUUCUGGAUGAGCUUAACUUGGCCCCAUCUGAUGUGCUGGAAGCCUUGAACCGAUUGUUAGAUGACAACAGAGAACUUUUUGUGCCUGAAUUACGAGAAACAAUACCAGCACACCCAGAUUUUAUGCUUUUUGCUACUCAAAAUCCCCCUACUCUCUAUGGAGGACGUAAAAUGCUUUCUCGAGCAUUUCGUAACCGUUUUGUGGAGAUUCAUGUUGAUGAGAUCCCAGAAGACGAGUUGAGCACAAUAUUAGACAAGCGGUGCAAAAUCCCUGAAAGCUAUGCUAAGAAAAUGGUUGAAGUUAUGAAGGAGUUAGAGUUGCAUCGGCAGAGUAGCAAAGUGUUUGCUGGAAAACAUGGAUUCAUAACUCCUAGAGACUUGUUUCGGUGGGCUGAUCGUUUCAGGACUUUUGGGAAUUCAUAUGAAGAUUUGGCCAGAGAUGGUUAUUACCUUUUGGCAGAAAGACUCAGAGAUGAGGGUGAGAAAAAGGUUGUUCAAGCAGUUUUAGAGAAACAUCUCCGGGUUAAACUUGUCAAAGAUAACUUGUACCAUCAGAAACUUGGUGUAGGAGACAAUGUUUUCAGUUCGGGCAAACACGCAUGGGCUUCUGAAAGUCUUGGAGAUAUUAUCUGGACAAAAAGUAUGCGGAGGUUGUACUUUCUUGUUGAGCGCUGCUACAGAUUGCGUGAGCCCAUCCUUCUUGUUGGUGAAACUGGUGGUGGGAAGACUACAAUUUGCCAGUUACUGAGUGCUGUUUUGGGGUUAAAAUUACACAUUUUGAAUUGCCACCAGUACACAGAAACAUCUGAUUUUCUUGGGGGCUUCUAUCCUAUUCGAGAGAGAUCAAGAUUGAUUUCGGAAUUCAAGUUUCUAAUUGAACAACUGAUGAUGUUGAAGGCUUUUGUUGACUUUCCCGGGGAUAUUUCUAUUUCGUCAGAUAUUGGUCAUGCUUCUCAGACUCUUGAUCAACUAGAUGUAAUUGUAAAUAGCUACCAACAAGGUAUUACCCCAUGGGCUGAUGUCACUAGACAAGAUCUUGAUACUUUUGUGCGGAUGAAGCUGGACCUAGCUCAGCUGCAUCAGAAGUGGCAGACCAUUUUUAUGUGGCAAGAUGGACCUCUUGUACAAGCCAUGAAGGACGGUGAUCUGUUUCUUGUUGAUGAAAUUUCCUUGGCUGAUGAUAGCGUACUUGAACGAUUGAACAGUGUCUUGGAGCCAGAAAGGAAACUGGCCUUGGCUGAGAAAGGAGGGUCAUCUCUGGAGAUAAUAACUGCUCAUCCAAAUUUUUUUCUUCUUGCUACAAUGAACCCUGGCGGUGAUUAUGGAAAGAAAGAAUUAUCUCCAGCUCUUCGCAAUCGGUUUACUGAGAUAUGGGUUCCUUGUGUUAGUGAUCUAGAUGAGCUUAGAAGUAUUGCUCUGCAGAGAUUUUCCAACCCCAAAAUCUUGUGGAUCGUGGGCCCAAUGCUCAAUUUCUGGGAAUGGUUCAACCAGUUACAGACAGGGAGAGCGCUAACUGUGAGGGAUCUUCUUUCAUGGGUUGCUUUCAUCAAUGUCACUGAGAAAAGUCUACAACCUGAUUAUGCUUUCUUGCAUGGGGCUUUCCUUGUUUUGCUUGAUGGACUUAGUCUGGGAACUGGUAUUUCUAAAGAGGAUGCUGGGAAGCUAAGAGAGAACUGUCUGUCUUUUCUUGUAGAACAGCUAAAGUUGGCAGAUCUUUGUUUAGUUGUCUCAGAACUUUCCAGAAUGGAAAAUUAUAGCUGGGGUGAUCUUGGAACAACAGCAGAUUCUUCAUGCAGUAACAAUAUGCAGCUUGACAAUCACUUUGGUAUCCAUCCAUUCUACAUUGAAAAAGGUGAUCAAAGUUGUGAAAUUAAGGGAUUUGAAUUUUUGGCACCAACUACCUGCAAAAAUGCUUUUCGGGUACUGCGGGCUAUGCAGCUUGCGAAGCCUGUUUUAUUGGAAGGUAGUCCAGGCGUUGGGAAAACAAGUCUAAUUGUUGCCCUGGGUAAAUUUUCUGGGCAUCCUGUUGUAAGAAUAAACUUAUCUGAGCAGACUGACAUAAUGGAUCUAUUGGGGUCAGAUCUACCAGUUGAGAGUAGCGAAGGGAUAAAGUUUGCCUGGUCUGAUGGGAUACUCUUGCAGGCUCUAAAGAAGGGAAGUUGGGUUUUGCUGGAUGAACUUAAUCUUGCUCCACAGUCUGUCUUGGAGGGUUUGAAUGCAAUUCUGGAUCAUCGAGCUGAGGUCUUUAUUCCAGAGCUAGGUGUUACAUUUAAAUGUCCUUCAUCUUUCAGAGUUUUUGCUUGUCAAAAUCCUUCUUCUCAGGGUGGUGGCAGGAAAGGCCUUCCAAGGUCCUUUCUCAACCGUUUCACUAAGGUUUAUGUGGAUGAGUUGGUGGAGGAUGACUAUCUAUUCAUCUGUAGUUCACUCUAUCCAUCAAUCCAGAGGCCUAUACUUUCGAAGCUUAUUUUAUUUAAUAAGCGAUUACAUGAGGAUAUCAUGUUAAAUCACAAGUUUGCUCAGGAUGGAUCCCCUUGGGAGUUUAAUCUUCGUGAUGUGAUUCGGUCGUGUGAGAUUAUAGAAGGUGCACCUGAAAAGUUGAAACCUGAUUGCUUCCUUAACAUUGUCUAUGUUCAAAGAAUGCGAAUGGCAGCUGACCGCAGAGAAGUCCUGCGGCUCUAUGAACAAGUUUUUCAGGUGAAGCCGUAUAUAAAUCCUUAUCCACGAGUUCAACUCAAUCAUCGAUAUUUAGUUGUGGGGAAUACCUCCAUUAGAAGGAAUCAUUUUCAGUCAUCUAAAAUUUCAAACAGUCAGCUUAAAAUUUUGCCCGGAAUUCGUCAAAGCUUGGAAGCUGUGGCCCAUUGUGUACAGCGUCAGUGGUUAUGCAUCUUGGUUGGUCCAUCAUCAUCGGGUAAAACUUCAUUAAUAAGGUUACUUGCUCAUUUGACUGGCAAUGUGCUAAAUGAACUGAGUCUUUCAUCUGCAACUGACAUAUCUGAACUACUUGGAUGCUUUGAACAAUAUAACGCCUUCCGCAAUUUUCGCUCUGUUGUUGGUCAAGUUGAGUGUUAUGUAAAUGAGUACUGCAGUUUGCAACUAGAAUCUUCAAUGGAGGCAUUUAUAAGUGAAAGAAGAGAUAUGAUUACUGGAUGGCUUGCUGUCUUGUCAAGUAUGGAUUGUGGUCCAUCAUCAACUUCUGCUUCUACUUAUAUGGAAGAUUGGAAGUGUAACCGCAGUUCUCUAUGUUUGCUUGUUGAGAUCAUUGAACACCUAAGGGUAGACCUGGAGAAAAAUAAAUUGCCUGUGUCUUGGUCAUGUGAGGAUCUGAACAGAACUCUGAAGACAAUUUUAAAGUUGCAAGAAGAUCAGCAGAAAAGAACAGUUGCAGCAAAAUUUGAAUGGGUAACUGGACUACUGAUAAAGGCUUUGGAAAAUGGGGAAUGGAUUGUUCUAGAGAAUGCAAAUCUUUGCAAUCCCACAGUUCUCGAUAGAAUUAAUUCUUUGGUUGAGCCUUGUGGAUCAAUCACAGUUAAUGAGUGUGGGAUUGUUGAUGGAAAACCUUUGGUUGUUCAUCCUCACCCCAAUUUUCGAAUGUUCCUUACGGUUAACCCAAGCCAUGGAGAUGUAUCACGAGCAAUGCGAAAUAGAGGAGUUGAAAUUUUUAUGAUGCAGCCGUACUGGCCACUUGAUCAGGAAAGUGACUACUAUUUUGAGGAGCUCGAACUAAAAGACGUGAAGAGAUUUCUUGUUUUAUCAGAUAUCCCUGGUGAAAAGUUGGUUGAGGCAAUGGCUAAAGCGCAUAUCUAUGCUAGGGAUGAAGGUUUAGGACUUAAUGUACACAUUACAUAUCUUGAGCUAGCACGCUGGGUUCAGUUAUUCCUGCAACUUCUCAUGAAUGGCAAUCAGCCUCUGUGGAGCCUUCAAAUAAGUUGGGAACACACAUAUCUAUCUUCUUUAGGGGAAAUUGAGGGAGAAUAUAUUAUUGCACAUGCAAGAACUUCUUAUUUAUCAGCAGUUGAAUUUUCAGAAUUUGAUUCAUCACUAGGAUGUUCUUUGUGUUUGCCCGGAGGAUGGCCAAGGCCAUUGAGGAUAAGGGACUUAGUGUAUCACUCAAGAGAAGUUGGUGUGAAACAAAACUGCAUGUAUCUUGAGUUCCUUGGGACUCAGUAUGCUUCAUGUGAAUUAGGUGUUGCAUGGGAUAGGUGCCUUGUGGGCAAAGCUUUAACUGCCAGUGUAUAUCCAAGGAUGGAUUUAAUGAAUGUGAAGAUCUUAAAUCAUAUCUUGUUCCCUAAAGCUUCAAAUGAGAUGCUUGUAAACUAUGAUAGGCAAACCAAAUUUAAUGCAGCAUUGAUCGAUAAGAUGCUCUUGUUUGCUGCCAACUGGACAAUUGAACAGGCCACUGAAAGUGAUCUUAAGCUGUAUCUUCUCUGGUUUAGCUGGUUUAAUUCUCGAUUACUUCCCUUCUGCCAGUUUUUCAAUUCUUUUCUCACUCAACUCAAAGAGGAGUUAAAGCAUCCUAUUUGGAACUGUAUAAUUGGCUGCUACCGUGAGCUUAUAUCCCAUCACCAAGUGGAUUUAGACUCACAGUCAAUUCCAAUGCUUUCAUUGGAGUUAGUUGAUUUAAUUGGAUCAGAUGACAUGUCAAAAAUAUCCAGUAGACGACUCUGCAAUGCUAUUAAUUCCAUAGGACUACUGAGGCGCAGUCUUCAACAGUGGAAUGCUGAGAGUGGGUAUAAUUUCACUGAUGAAUCUCGGAGUUAUAUACCAGUGUUGAGAUCUCUACAAGUGUUAGAAGAUGAAGUGCUUAAUGCACUUGUUGAAUCUCCUUCAUUUGAUUUAUUGAUUCAAUUGCUCACUAACCUCCUUGAAGAUCACAUUCUAUUUUGGAAUAGUGUUACCUCAUCCAAGUUUGACUAUUUGCUGAUAUCUUGGCAUUCCUUGAUGAAGGAUGCCAUGAAACUGAGAGAUUUCUUUCCAAAAUCAGUUAAACAUUUACUGAUGGAGGUCAGAGAUCUUGAUAGAGUUUCACUUUGGCAUCUUCAUUCUCAAAAGUCUCUGCUAUGGGUUUAUGGCGGUCAUCCAAAUAUGCCCUCUUCUGCUGAUCUGUACUGGAAACAGCAUAAACUUUUAUGUUUCUGUGAGUUUGUUUGGCCAACGAAGACCAAAUCAUGGGAGCAAGUGGAUGAUCGUCUCAUUGAUGCUGUUGUAUCUUCCAGUCCUGACCUUCGCUUCCUCGCAAUGCAAGGUGUUUGCAUGUCGUCAUAUAUUACUGGUAGAUGUGAUAAAGAUGAUGCCACUGUGGUUCAACAGUUGGAGGAAAUGCAUCAGAUGCUUUUGGAAAGGUUUGAACAUGAAAAGCACAAAUUGGAAGCAAAAUGUGGUAUUGAAGAGAAUUUAUUUUUAUUGGAAAAUCCUGUUGCUUGUUGUGUUUUCUGCCCUGAAGUAUUGUGCAGGAAGGCUGGCUUUGAUAGCUGGCAGGAAACCCAUUCUAUAAUUGACAGUACAAGUUUUUUUCUGGAUAUGGAGUUGCUUCAAGAACUAUCGUUGGUCGUAUUGGUUGAUGCCAAAGAGUUACAACUAGCUUUGUCCAGUGCAUCUGACCUUCUGGAAUAUGCAAUGAAUUUUUCAUUGAACUUCUCAUCCAGACCUCCCACAAUCUUUUUACCACAUCAAAAAUUUUUAUGGACACUAGAUGCUUGGGAGUCAGUAAAUGCAGUCAGUGCAAAAAUUGUUAGUUUUGUCCUUGAGAUGUGGUUUAGGUGGCAUUCAUCUUUGUGGAUUAAUCAUCCAGCUAGUGUCAAGAACUUUUCAAAGAUUGAUGCUUAUGAUAUUCCACUGCCUGCUAUGCUUGUUCAGCCUGUGAAGACGGCGACUAUUUUUCAGAUUUUGGAGAGUAGAUUUGCAAUCAAGGAUUAUCAUCUGCACUGUUUGAAGCUUAGAGUUGCUUCACAUAAUCUUUGGAAAAGUUCUACACCGAGGACUGAUUUACAUGGCUUUCUUUUGUCUGCUGCUCGUGCACUCUUCCAACAGAUUAUAUAUACACAUCAAAAAACCUUUGAUGCUGAUAAUUAUGCCACAAUGAAGUUCAUUUUUUCAUCAUUCCAGAAGACUAAUGCUUCGCAAGAGAAUAUCAAGGUUCUCAGCUCACUUAUUGCAUCAUCAAACCACCACAGAUUGACUGCCUCGAUUCCUUCAUUCAUUGAACCAGUGCUCAGAGAACUGUAUCUUCAAUCUUCAUCUACUGACUUCCUCUAUAAUCUUGGUUGUGCAUGGUCACGAAUUGGAGGGCUACGUUUUUGCCUGUUGCUUAGCAGCAGUGACCUGGAUCCUGCUAUGAAGUACUCUAUCAAGUAUUCACUGUUAGAAGAAAAGAUUUCUUCUCUUGAACUUGAAACUAAGGUGCGGCAAGAAUGUGACCAUUUAGUCGGUUGGUUUUCAACACGAGAAGCUGAUAAACAAAGAGCAAAGGCAUUGGAAAACCUUAAAGUUGAGCGUGAAAGACUGCAGAAAAAGAUGGUGUUCCGCUCGGAUCCUGGGAAAUUUAAGGAUUUGAAACAUGAGUUUGGCGAGUUUCUUAAUCGUGUUACUUACCUGGUUGAUGACCUAAUGAAGAAUAUUGAAGUCAUGGACUUACAAGUGAUGAUUGGUGAAGUAUGCAACUGGCAGGAAACAGCAACCUGUUUUGUUAAUCGAUUAUCAGAUGAAUAUGCAGCAUAUACUGAUAUAAUUCAGCCAGUACAAGUUGCAGUGUAUGAAAUGAAAUUGGGCCUUUCACUUGUUCUAUCUAGUUCCCUGCAGAAAGGAUUUCAAAAUAGAGUAAUGCAGGACAAUAUGGACGGGAUUCUGGCAACAAUUUAUUCUUUCAUCAGAUUCCCAAGAGACAAUGCAGGUGAAUCCAUUGCUGUUGAGGUCAAAUUUGAGUUUCCUUCGUAUGGUGUGGGUUCUCCUUCAAAUGUUUGGUCACUGGAUAUGAAUGUGUUAGAAAAGUUGGUUACGAUUACAAGAGGCCUGAAUGCUGAUAGAACGGUUUCUGUCUUGCAACUAAAAGCUGCUGUUCGUCAGAAUAUUCUUGUCCGUGUUGCACAUUUUGUAGCUAAUGCACAUCUGUUUGAUAAUGCAUCCUUCAUGCUGUCAAAUAAGAUAUUUGAUGAAAUCGCAUGCUUUUGGAUGAAUAUGAAAGUUCAAGUAAAAGGCAAAGAAGACUAUGAUGCUCAACAAUACAAGUUCAAGCCUCGUGCCUUUAAGAUGGAAAACAUCAUUGAAAUUGAUAUCUCAACUCUUGGCAAUACGUUUGCAAAUGAAAGUUUUUCAGAAUGGCAGGAAUUACUUUCUGAGGAUGAAUUUACCGAGAAGAAGGAUGCUAAUGAGGAACUGGAGGAAGAAUGGAGCCUCAUGCAGGAAUCCAUUCUGAGCAACAUGGUCCAUAUCCACAAUCGAUUAUUUGGAUCAGUCAAUCUUGUUUUAAACUCUGGAGUUAUUCAGGUAUCUGAUGCAGACAGAUUGCAUUCCUUCAUUGACUCCUAUGCAUUGGGAGUAGGGAUGAUUAAAGGUUUAGAGGGUCUGUUGUCCUCCAGUUUGGAUGUUAAACUGGUGCCAGAGCAUUUACUUCGACUUUGUCUAGAGCAUGAGCCAAAGCUUGUUUCAUAUCAUAAAGUAGCCCAUACAUAUAAUUUUUAUAAGGAUUCAAAUGCUUCUAUGAUGGCUAAAAUGGUGAAGCUACUAACUGCUCUUCAAAAGCGGUUAUUGUCACUUUUGAAUGAGUGGGAAGAUCAUCCCGGUCUCCAGAAAAUCUUGGGUGUUAUAGAAAUGUUACUGGCUAUUCCUUCAAGCACCCCUCUUGCUAAGGCUCUUUCAGGGUUGCAAUUCCUGCUUAACAGAAUCCGAAUAUUACAAGAAAAUGGCUCAAAAUUCUCUCUCUCUGAUCAACUGGAACCUAUUAUUCUUUUGGCAUCCUUAUGGAAAAAAAUCGAGUUUGAUUCUUGGCCUGCCUUGCUCGAUGAAGUUCAGGAUCAGUAUGAGAUUAAUGGUGGGAAGUUGUGGUUUCCUUUAUACUCGGUUCUUCAACAUAGGCAGUCUGAUGAUAUCGCUACAUAUAAUCAAUCAACAAUCCAGAGUUUGGAGGAGUUCAUUCAAACAUCCAGCAUUGGUGAAUUCAGAAAACGUCUUGAACUUCUUUUUGCUUUCCAUGGUCAGAUUAGCACUGGUAUAUCUUUGGGAAUUUAUUCGAGUCCUUUCCAGAUGGAAAACUUAAAGAUUUUAUACAAUGUGUUUGGCUAUUAUGUGCAAUUCUUGCCGAUAGCUCUGGAGCAUGUACAAGCUAAUAGAAAAAACAUUGAGACAGAACUGAAAGAACUUUUAAAGCUAUGCCGAUGGGAGCAUUCUGAGAGUUACUUGUCCAUGGAAAAUUCGAAAAAGACUCGGCAGAAGCUUAGGAAGCUUAUUCAAAAAUACACUGAUCUACUGCAACAACCUGUAAUGCUUAUUCUUAACCUGGAUGCCACACAAAGGGGGAUAAAAUCUAAAUCUAUACAGGAGCUGAAGGGCCUUGGUGAUUUUCCUGACAAGCAUGGAGAGGAGUUAAAUGCAGCUACUGAUCUGACAGAGUUCAGUGAUAAAAAUAGAUCUGCAUGGUAUCCAGAUUGGAGGAAGAAAGUAGCUUUUGCCUUGAAAACAUUGCAACUGGGAAAGACACCUGAAUUUAACAUCCCAUUUUUGUGUUUUGAGGAUGCUCAAGAUGUUGAGAAUACCACCCAGCAGGACUUAGCUUCACCAUCACCAUGUCUUGUGUACCUGGAACACUGGAGGGAAGUAAGGUCUACACUUGAACAUGUAUGCAGAACUGUGACAGAGUGUGCUGAUCUCUGGAAGGAUGUAAGCAAGAAUCUAGGGAAGAGGAGGGCAUUGUCUGAACUUCUAAAGCUGUUAGAAAGUUGUGGUCUCUCUCGGCACAAAUCCAUAUUUUUCGAGGAUCAACUCAAAUCCAACCAGUCAAGUUGGUUGCUACAGCCAUCAUAUGAUGUGCAGCAUUUGUUACCAAUGCAGGGCAGGCUGCCUUAUCAAAAUGUUGAUCUAGCUGCUUGCAGCCAGUUACAGAGUUUGAUCCAUGAAGUUUCUGAUGUUGAAUGGAGUGCGGCAAACCGAUAUUACUUCAAGAGCAUAGCCUCAGUGCAGCUUCUGCGACAGAUUUGCCUGAAUUUUCACAAGGAUUUUACGCUUGAACAGGUUAAUAGAUCAGUCUCCUUUCUCGACCAUCUCAUAAUAAUACAGCAGGAGCAACGGAAUGCAGUUUAUCAUUUCUCCGAGCAUGUGAAAGACCUGAGAAAAAGUGUAGCAUCUUUAGAAAAAUUGUACUCAAGUUCUACUGCUUGUGAUAAUGGAACUGAUAGCAAGUGCUCUGUUGCCCCAAACCAGCAUGCCAUACUUAAAUACAUGUGGCAACAAAAGCAACUGUUCGAUGGUUUGUGUUCCAUGUUACAUGAAGAAUCUUUGUUGCUAAGAACGGUCGAGAGUACCCAUUUGAGCACUUGUCAACAUGUCAAAGGUUCAGCAAACAGGGUUCUUGUUUUCAUUGAGAAAUUUGUUCCACUGUUUCAGAAAUCUAAGGAAUCUUUGGAUGAUUAUCUUCUCGGCCGUAAUAGGGCCCUAACCACAGUAGCAACUUCCUUUUAUCCUCCUGUUAUUACAAAACAAAUGGAGCAGUUGGUAUUUCAAAACUUCCAGGUCAUAAGGGAGUUUGAGGAGUGCUUGUGUGCUUUCCAGAGGCAAGAAGUGGAUCAAAGAUCAGUGCAAGAGGUUUUGCUUAAUCGUUUUGAAGAUAUAAUGAAGAAGGGGAAAGCAAUGGCAGAACAGUUCAAUAAUGCUCUGGAGGGGAGGAGUGAGCUGAGUCCUUGUGAUGAAAAUCAUUCUGAACUUGAAGCAGGGUUUUCUGGAGCCUUUGAAAGAACAUUGAAACAUAUUAUGGAUGCAUUUCAAAAACUAGGCCCAUUGAAUAAUACUUGUGCUCUUUCAGAAUGGUCAUCUGACAAUAUUACCUCGUGGAAAGUUUUAUUUGAAUCAUAUGUGAUGAAUCUGCAGUUGGACAGUAUUUGUGAUGAACUUCAUAAAACAAUCUUUUAUGCAGGAAAACUGCUGAACCAUUCUGGGAAUAAAAUUCCUAGUUUAUGCUUCCAAGUUGAAACAUAUUUUAAGCAUCUAUAUCAGUUGUUGGACUUAGUAUCGGGCUUCAGUGAUGGUCUUCUCCAUGAUUUCUUAGAUGUGCAUAAAAAGGUAUCAAUGAUGACUCAUGUGCUUGCAAAUGUUUUUGCUUCUUUAUAUUCUGAAGGCUUUGGCACUCCUACAGAAGACCAAAUAGAUGACAAUAGCCAUGAUACAUCUAAAGAUGCAAAAGGAACAGGUAUGGGGGAGGGUGUGGGAUUAAAGGAUGUCAGCGAUCAGAUAACUGAUGAAGACCAGCUUCUUGGAGCUUCUGAAAAGCCAAGUGAAGAACAAGAUGUGUCAGAUGAAGUCCCUAGUAAAAAUGAUAAAGGGAUUGAGAUGGAUCAGGAUUUUGCUGCUGAUACAUUCAGUGUUAGUGAAGAAUCUGGAGAUGAUGACAAUGAGGACAGUGGGGAUGAGCAACUGGAUUCUGCAAUGGGCGAAACUGGAGCUGACAGUGAGAUUGUUGAUGAGAAACUCUGGAAUAAGGAUGCAGAUGAAAAUGCCAAUAACACAAAGGAGAAAUAUGAAUCUGGGCCUUCAGUCACGGACAAGGAUGCAAGCUCUAGGGAGCUUAGAGCAAAGGAAGAUGAUGCUGCCGCUGCUGCUGAUGAACCUGGACAGCUUAAUCAGGAUGAAUCUAACGAACAAAACGAUGAGAUUGGAAGCCAAGAUGAUCUUGGCAAUACAGAGAACAUGGAUGACAUGAACAUGGACAAAGAGGAAGCAUUUGCGGAUCCUUCAGGAUUAAAGCUUGAUGAGACAAAUCCAAUGAAAGAAGAUUUGGACAUGGAUGAACAAGAGGGUGCAGAUCCCAUGGAAGAGGCACAUCCUGAAGAGCAUGACGAGUUUACUGAGAAUGGUGAUGGUAAGGAAGAAGAUUCCAAUGCAGCAGAUGAAAAUCUUGAAGAGGCAGAAUCUGGACAAGUGGAUGGAAAUUCUGAGAGCGAUGAUCUGGGGAAGGGUAAUGAAGAGAAAGCUGACAUGGAUUUAGAAGCACCAAGGAAAGAUGUCUUGGGACCAGGAAAUUCUGACUUCAUUAGUGAUCAUGUGCCCAAUGCAGAAUCUGCAACACAACCAAAGGAUGACAUGCAGGCUGCAGAUUCAAGAAACAUGGCACCAGAAACAAAAUGGUCUAAUAGCAGUGAUAUUCACAAUAACCUUGCACCUAUAAGUGGCUUACCUUCCAAUGAUACUUCUGAGAUGGAGAUGAUGGUGGCUGACUCAUCUAUGGAUGGGAAACUCACCAAUGAUCAACCCAAAACUCAAUUGCCUCAGCAAGAUUCUUCAUCCAUUCAGAAAACCCAAGCAAACCCUUACCGUAAUGUUGGGGAUGCACUUGAGGAGUGGAAAGAAAGAGCCAGAGUGUCUUCUGAUCUGCAGGAAGAUAACACAGAGGCUCCGGAUAAUGUGGAGGAUGAGAAUGCAGAUGAAUAUGGAUAUGUUUCUGAGUUUGAGAAAGGAACUGCCCAGGCAUUGGGACCUGCAACAUUUGACCAGAUUGACAAGAAUAUCACUCAAAAUGAGCCCGAUGUUGACGGGGUUAUGGCACAAAAAGAACACCUCACUAAGGAGAAUGAGAAACAAAAUUCUGAAACAGACCCUAUUAAGAGUUCUGCCCUGAAUCUCAAGAAAAGGAUAGAGGAGCAGAUGCAGAUUUCAGAUUCAGAGGUUUCACCAAAGGAAACAUCCCCAGAAGUUCACGGUCAGGAUGAUAGUGAUCCUGGAAGUGUGUCAGAAAGUUUGGUCUCCAUCAAGAGAUCUUACUUGAAUGAGGACAUAUAUCAACUCAGUAAACUUUCUGUGAGUGAUGAGCUAGGAAAAGCCAAGAAUCUUGAGGAAGCAUCCAGUGAUAUGAAAGACAAUGCAGCUGCUCUCUGGAGAAGAUAUGAGCUGCUCACAACAAGGUUGUCUCAGGAGUUGGCCGAACAGUUGCGUCUCGUUAUGGAACCUACUCUAGCUAGCAAGCUCCAAGGAGACUAUAAGACUGGGAAAAGGAUUAACAUGAAGAAGGUAAUUCCAUACAUAGCGAGUCAUUACAGGAAAGAUAAAAUCUGGCUGAGGCGGACUCGACCCAACAAGCGUGAUUACCAAGUUGUCAUUGCUGUGGACGAUUCUCGGAGUAUGUCAGAGAGCUGUUGUGGGGAUGUUGCUAUCGAAGCUUUAGUGACAGUAUGUCGGGCCAUGUCCCAACUGGAAGUGGGGAACUUGGCUGUGGCCAGCUAUGGAAAGGAGGGAAACGUAAGAUUACUACAUGAUUUUGAUCAAUCUUUUACUGGAGAGGCUGGGAUCAAGAUGAUCUCCAAUUUGACAUUUAAGCAAGAGAAUACCAUCAAGGAUGAACCAGUGGUUGAUCUGUUGAAGUAUUUGAACAACAUGCUAGACACUGCUGUUGCAAAUGCUCGACUCCCAUCUGGACAGAACCCACUUCAGCAGCUUGUCUUGAUCAUAGCAGAUGGUCGGUUCAUCGAAAAGGAGAACUUGAAGCGCUGCGUUAGGGAUGUCCUGAGUCGAAAGCGUAUGGUCGCAUUUCUGCUUCUAGAUAGCCCACAAGAGUCCAUCAUGGACCUCCAGGAAGUAUCAUUUCAAGGUGGGAACAUGAAAAUUUCCAAGUAUCUAGAUUCAUUCCCCUUCCCCUACUACAUCAUACUGAAGAACAUUGAAGCACUUCCCAGGACACUGGCUGAUUUAUUGAGACAGUGGUUUGAGCUUAUGCAGCAUUCAAGGGACUGAAUCGACUCGAUCAAGAGCUUUGCCUAAUGCUUCUUAUCAAACCCAGUAAACUGCAUGGAUUAUGAAAAAACCCGGAUUCGUUUCAUUUGCGUACAUACGUGCUUUUACUCGUAAACUCCACCGAAGCGGGGCAUCUCAUUGGCUCCAGUUGCUUUACAAUUUUGUUUACAAUAAGAGAGAAUUUUGCUAGUUGAAGGUACUUGAGGUGAGAAAAGUCACAUCCACUGAUGGAAACUGUACAUUAUGUGAAUGAGGUUACAGAAGAUAGAGCCGAAGUUUUGACACACAACUUGACAUUGUAGAGGUACGAGUCUUCUCUUUUCUGGGAUUUCAAGAGCUGUAAAUAUAUUUGUGGAACAAUCGCAAUUAUCAUUAAUAUAGAGCAUUGGCAAAGCUUUUUUGGUGUUU